AAGUAAAUCAUAAAGGAGAACGGAGCGUAUUUGCCGCACCACAGAAAGCAGGCUGAAUAGGGGUUUUUUUUUCCUUCUACAGCGGCCCCUAGUGGAGAAGAGGAGUAGACGCUUCAACAGCCGCUUGAGACAAAGGCCGAGCGGGAAGAGAGUCACCACCCCUGCCACCACAAAUAUCAGAGGCUAGAGUGUCCCAUUCCAUCCUUCCAAAACCAUAGAGUAGCGGCCGGAGCGUCGCCCUAAUACUUUGUGAAGGCAUUAACGGGGAAAAGGAAGCGGAAGCUGCCGGCAAGAUGGCGGCUAUCGAGGAGGAAGAAAUGGGGAGUAGCUGGAGAAUACGGGGAGUCACCGAGCUGUUGCUUCGAGGGCUUCUUCUCUGCGCCUUGGCGGCGGGAUCAGGGUGGUGCAACUCCGUGGAGAGGAAAAUAUACAUCCCGUUGAACAGGACAGCUACGUGUGUCCGCUUAAUGAAUGCCACACAUCAGAUAGGCUGCCAGUCCUCCAUGAAUGGAGACACUGGCGUCAUCCAUGUGGUGGAGAAGCAGAAAGAUGUACAGUGGGUACUGUCUGAUGGCCCUCAUCCCCCAUACAUAGUACUGCUAGAUGGAGAACUUUUCACCAGGGGCAUGAUGGAUCAGCUCAAAGCAAGCUCACGAGUCUCCGGCGUAGCGGUUGCCAUUGCUAAACCCAGCCCAGAGAAAGGAUUCUCUCCAGGCUCCAAAUGCCCAAACGAUGGCUUCGGUGUGUACUCCAGCAUAUAUGGCCCUGAGUACGCUCAUUGCAAUAAUACAGAGUGGAACCCCCUGGGCAAUGGCCUUUUCUAUGAGGACUUCAAUUUCCCCAUCUUCCUCCUUCAAGAUGAAAACGAGACUCAGGUUAUUAAGCAGUGCUACCAGACCUACAACCUCCCUCGCAACGGCUCUGCCCCGCAGUACCCGCUGUGUGCCAUGCAGCUCUUCUCCCACAUGCAUGCUGUGACCAGCACAGUCACUUGCAUGCGGCGCACUGCCCUCCAGAGUGCCUCCAGCAUCAAUCCGGAAGUCAUCUGUGACCCGCUCUCUGAUUACAAUGUGUGGAGCACACUGAAGCCCAUCAACGUUUCCACGAAGCUGAACUCCACUGAGAAAGUCGUAAUGGUUGCAACUCGAAUCGACAGCCAUUCCAUGUUCUGGAACGUGGCUCCUGGGGCCGAGAGCGCUGUUGCAUCUUUUGUAACCCAUUUGGCCGUGGCCGAAGCCAUCCACAAAGCACCAGACGUUCAGGCGCUGCCGAAGAACAUCUUGUUCACCUUCUUCCAGGGGGAAAGCUUUGAUUACAUCGGCAGCUCACGCAUGGCCUACGACAUGCAGAAAAACAAGUUUCCGAUCUUGCUGGAGAACAUCGAUUACUUCCUGGAGCUGGGUCAGAUUGCACUAAGGAAUUCCUCUGCCCUCUGGAUGCACACAGAUCCGGUCUCUCAGCAGAACUUGUCUGUUCAGAUUGGCGACAUGACGGCAGCAUUGAGGAGCAGCACAAGUGGCACCAGGGUGGAAGUGCACGAGAUCGGUUCCUCUCAGGCUCUCCCACCCUCGUCCUUUCAAAGAUUCUUGAGGCUCAGGGAGAUCCCGGGAGUGGUGCUGGCUGACCACAAAGCAACCUUCGAAAACAAGUACUACCAGAGCAUCUACGACACAGCAGAGAACAUCCUGGUGGACUAUCCCGAGUCGAAGAGCCCUGAAGAGGCCCUGGAUUAUGUGACGGAGACAGCUAAGUCCCUGGCAGAAGUGGCCACUGUGGUUGCCCGUGCUCUCUACCAGCUUGCAGGGGGAAGUGGCAACGCCUCAGCUAUUCAGGCAGAUCCAAGGACGGUCACACGUAUGUUGUACGGCUUCCUGGUCAGGACAAACAACAGCUGGUUCCAGUCAAUUAUUAAGCCAGACUUGAAAGGGAUUCUGGAAAAUGAACCCCCUCCGUACUACAUCGCUGUUUUGAAACCUGUGAACGCAACCUACCUCGUCCACUACGUCUUGGCCAAUCUGACGGGCACUGUGACCAACCUGACCAAGGAGCAGUGCUUGAACUCUGACGGAGACCUGUAUGAGUACGCGUGGGUGCAAGGUCCCCUGGACCCCAACUCCACUACAUCUAGCCGCCUUCCAUUCUGCGUCAAGUCAACGGUCCGCCUAGCUUCAGCCAGCUCCCCAGCCUUUGAGCUCGGAGACUGGGGCUCCACCCAGUACUCUACCUGGACGGAGAGCCGUUGGAAAGAGCUCCAUGCCCGGAUCUUCCUCAUAGCCAGCAGGCAGCUCGAGAUCAUCACACUCAUCGUGGGCAUAGUAAUCCUGAUCAUCUCGUUCGUUGCCACCUACUUCAUCAAUGCCAAAGCGGACAUUCUCUUCACAACCCCACGGGACUCUGAAGCUGUGGCCUAUUGAAAGCUCCUCCCCUGCAAGAAUUCCCCCAAGAGGCCUGCAAAACUGGGCAAGAGAUGAUGGACAGGUAGACGACUUGAAACGGCUGGUAGAGCAACACUGGAGCCUCUUCCCUGGUUGAUGUGCACAGUGGAAUGGAAAGGAGUCCCUUCCCUAAACCUUGACUGGACGAAGAGAGCAGCGGUUCAUGGACUCCCCCAUCCCCACCUCACCUCUUUGACUGUCCUCUGCAUACAGGCGCACAAAAAGGAACAGUCGGAUGCCUUGUGAGUGAGGUCUACGUAGGCAUCUCAGUGAGGCUGUGAGUCCAAUACUGAAUCUUCCUCUCGAGGGGUCAGCAUGGAUUGGGAGGGGACUCUCUGCAGUUAGAACGCUGGCCCCUCCUCCACUUUAAAGAUACAGAUUAUCUGAAGAAUUCCUCCUAUCCCGAAUUAUCAAGAUGCAACUAAAGAAGGACCUAGACCUGGGAGAGUGGGGUGGGAUGAGGGUGGGAAAGGGGAAGUUAGGUGUAAAAUAUCAUUUUUUAAAAAAAAAUGGAUUUUUUUUUGUACAUAUGAUAUAAAUAGCUUGGUUUAAUUAAAAAAAAAAAAUCACCCUACUUACUAAUUAAAUCCUGUGAUCCCA